UAAAACUUCUCACAUUAAAUUCUUUUACACAUGUUUUAAUCUUAUAUAAAACGCCCUAAAAUUUCCAGAUUCACCACAUUCCGCUCCUUCUCACACUAAUACAACGACAUCCUCAAACUCUCUCAGAUCACUUUCUCAUUAAUUUUUCUCCAUUUUCCAGUCCAAACCCUUUUAAUUUACUUCUAAAAUUAUUUCUUCCUCUCCCACCCCGUCCCAUCCCUCAGCUUGAUCUCCUCACUUUUUUGUGUAUUUUCUUACACAUCACAUUGGGCUCUAAUUUCCAUUAAUUACCCUAAAUUAUAUAAAUUUUAACUUUACUUCUAAUUUAUUUCAUUUUCCAAAAUAAAAUGUAAAUUUAUUCCUCCAAUUUUAUCACAGCUUUCUCUUAGUUAGGCCAAGUUACGGUCAAAUAAUGUAUAAUUAACAUAAUUUAAGUAUAACAUUUCUUAUGGUAAUAUUUAUAUUUGGGCUUAAAACUGAGUUUAGUUUGUUUUAGGCGUUUGGUGUGUUUUAGGGGCCAAAUGUAUAGAUGAUAAGGAUUCUAAUGCUUCUAUUUUUAACUUUUUCCAGGCCUUCCUUGAGUUUAAUUCGUUUCAAUUCAGUUAAAUUUAAACCUUUAACCAAAUUUUCAACUCUAGGCGCUAAUUUGAAUUUUUUUUUCAUACCAACUUGCAAUUCCAAAUUUCUAAACUCAAAUUAUCGAACCUUUUCUGAUUUAUCUUGUAAAUUAAAGGAUUCUAAUAAAUCCGCUGAGCUCGAUCCAACUCGUAAAUAUGAUCGCAACUACUGUAAAUUAAUCAUCAAAUCUGGAGUUGGCGGUUCUGAAUCGUUUGACUGGUGUAGAAUAUUAGCUGAGAUGUACAAAAAGUUCAUAUCAAGUUAUGACCCACCUCCUGGUCCCAAUUUGCCCACCUCGCUGAGGUUAAAAGAGGUUGACGUUUGUCCUGGUACUUCGGGCGGUUUCAGAAGAGUUGAGUAUGACGUGAUUGGCGACUAUGCAUAUAGACUUUUAAAGGGUGAAAAUGGUACUCACAGGCUCAUUAGGAACUCACCGUUCAACUCUGACCAUAAACGCCAGACUACCUUUGCCACUGUGCAGGCGGUUCCUAUCCUCAGUGACACUGACGAGGAAAUUAUCAACUUUAAGAAAAACAGACAAAUUUUAAAAAAAGACCUAAUCAUCGAAUCCAUGCGAAGUAGCGGAAAAGGCGGGCAAAAUGUCAACAAAGUCGAAACGGCAGUGAGGGUAUAUCAUAAGCCUACGGGAUUAUCUGUGAAGGUACAGCAGGAGCGAACAAAUACUCAGAAUCGUGAAAUCGCCAUACGAAUGCUCACCAAACUCGUUGAUGAACACUAUUUAAAAAAGUUGAAUGAGAAGUUGGAUGACAUAAAGGGUGCGGAUUUGGUGGGUACUUGGGGAAGUCACAUCAGGACUUACACACUAAACCCGGAACAAAGAGUCAAAGAUCACAGAACCAAUUUUGAAACCGCCAAAGCCACAAACGUACUCAACGGUGAUCUACUACCCAUCAUCCUCAAUCUUCUCCAACAUUAUCCACUCUAUCCACACUAUCCACACUAUCCACACUAUCCACAUUAUCCACACUAUUUACACAUAUUACGCAAUAUUUACACGUUACUAAGUUAUAUGUAUAAUUAG